CUUACCAGGAAGUCUCGGAGCCAAACUGAAACUUCAGCAGUCAGCAAGUCAGCAGCAAUUGGCGGAAGAAGCUGCUGCUUUAUGGUUUGCGUUUAUUACCAAAAGAAUGAGUUUAUAAAGGCCCAUCUCGAACGUGAAGGGGUGAUGCUAAGUUCGCCAUGCUCAGCGGCGGCCCUGCGUGCCGCCGCAGAGCACGCUGCCCUUGUUGCGACAGGUCACGGAUGGCUUAAUAGUCUCUUGGCAUCCCAGUCGGCGUGCGGUCUCGGAGUCGCGGUAUCGGCAGCUUGCAGCCAUGCUAUAAACAGCACUGGGCUCCAAGGAGCAUGUCAAGCCUCUGGAGCACUUGGCAGCCAUAUCCUCAGCAUACCAGAGUCGCGUCGAUGGCUAAGCGAUGGAUGCGGGGGCCAUUCCUUUCCUGAUAGCUCAUCCAGACCCUUACCUACAGCCAGCACAGCAGCGCGGGUACGGCACUGGGCGGUGCCCGACCCUCACACGUCAGCCCCCACCUCUCUCCUCGCGCCGCUGAUGCCCUUGGAAAGCCAAGCUGGCGAGCUCUCGGGUCCAGCAGCCCCCUGCGUUGCCUUGGGUCAUGCGCAAAGGCAGCGGGGCUGGUCUGGCAGCAGCAGCAGCAGUGACACCACCACCACCUCUCCAGCAGCAUCCGCAGCAGCACUGACGCUCUCUCACCACGCCUGCCUGCCUUCCGCACCCCGCUACCUAGCACUUCGACGCUUCAGCACCGGCACCACAGGAGGAGCAGCAGCAGCAGCAGCUGGGCAAGAGCAGCAGCAGCAAGGGCAAGCGGCGGCGGGCUCUCAAACGCCUCAGCCGCCCUCCCAGCAGGGAAGCGGUGUCGCUGGUAGCGCUGCGGGUGCUGCUAGUGGCGCUGGUGCUGCCGGUCCUCAGCUGGGGUUCGUGGGUGGGCAGUACGACGUGGCUUCCUUCCCUCCGGAGCGCAUCCGCAACUUCUCCAUCAUCGCACACGUGGACCACGGCAAGUCCACCAUCGCCGACCGGCUGAUGGAGGCGACGGGGGCGCUGGGCGGCCGCACCACCCACAACGCGCAGUACCUGGACAAGCUGCAGGUGGAGCGCGAGCGCGGCAUCACCGUGAAGGCACAGACGGUGUCGCUGGUGUACCGCCACCGGGGGGUGCCGUACCUGCUCAACCUCAUCGACACGCCAGGCCACGUUGACUUCAGCUACGAGGUAUCCCGCUCUCUUGCCGCCUGCCAGGGUGCGCUGCUGGUGGUGGACGCCAGCCAGGGCAUUCAGGCGCAGACGGUGGCCAACUUCUACCUGGCGUUCGAGCAGGGCCUAGACCUGGUCCCCGUGGUCAACAAAAUCGACCUGCCCGCCGCCGACCCACGGGGCUGCGCCGAGCAGAUGUCCGCCGCCUUCGACAUCGACCCCUCCCGCGUGCUGUUCACCAGCGCCAAGACGGGGCUGGGCAUGGAGGCGGUGCUGCCGGCAGUGGUGGAGCGCGUCCGGCCCCCCCGCGGCAAUCCCUCCGCGCCGCUGCGUCUGCUGCUGUUCGACGCCUUCCACGACGAAUACCGCGGCGUGGUGCUGCUGGUGGAGGUGGUGGACGGGGCGGUGAGCGUGGGGGAGAAGGUGGCCAUGGCCUCCACGGGCAGCAGCUACGAGGUGCUGGAGGUGGGGCUUCAGGCGCCGGAGAGGCACCCCACGGGGCGGCUGCUGACGGGGCAGGUGGGCUACCUGAUAUGUGGCAUCAAGGACCUCAAGGCCGCGCGAGUGGGUGACACCAUGUUUGCGGCGGCACCGGGAGGAGGGGGCGGGGCGGGCAGGACACCGCCGGUGCGCCUGCCGGGGUUCAAGCCGGCCAAGGCGAUGGUGUUUGCGGGGUUGUUCCCGCUGGGUGGCGACGGACAGGAGUUCGAGUCCCUGGCAGCGGCGAUGGACAAGCUGCUGCUGAACGAUGCCAGUGUGGUUGUGAAGCGGGAGAACAGCGACGCGCUAGGACCCGGCUUCAGAUGCGGCUUCCUGGGUAUGCUGCACAUGGAGAUCUUCACACAGCGGCUGGAGCAGGAGUUCGGGGCCAGCGUGGUGACAACCACCCCCACCGUGCCGUACGUGCUGGAGAUGCCCGACGGCACCAGCGUCACGCUGGAGAGCGCAGCGGAGUACCCGCUGGAUAAAAAGAUCUCCCAGAUCCUGGAGCCCACCGUGACCGCCACCCUCAUCACCCCCGACGCCUGCGUGGGUCGGCUCAUGGAGCUGUGCACCUCGCGGCGCGGGGAGCAGCUGGAGCACUCGGCGCUGGGGGGCGGCCGCACGAUGCUGCGCUACCAGCUGCCGCUGGCGGAGCUGGCUGGCGACUUUUACAGCGCCGUGAAGAGCCGCUCGCAGGGCUACGCCUCCUUCGACUACGAGGAGGGCCCCUACCGCCCUGCCGACCUGGUGCGGCUGGACAUCCUGGCGCACAGCAAGCCGGUGGACGCGCUGGCCCGCAUGGUGGCUCGCGAUGAGGCGGCCACGGUGGGGCGGGCGCUGCUGGUUAAGAUGCGGGACCUGCUGGACCGGCAGCAGUUCGAGGUGGUGCUGCAGGCCGCUGCGAAUGGUAAGGUUGUGGCACGUGAGACGAUCAAGGCGCUGCGCAAGAACGUGACCGCCAAGUGCUACGGCGGCGAUGUCACCCGCAAGCGCAAGCUGCUGGACCGGCAGAAGGAGG